AUGACCUGCCUCUCCUUUGGCCGACGUUCCAAGACGUGCUGCAAGUGCGGCGGCGAGCGCAACAUGUCCGCUUCACCCUCCACCUCGCAGGCUCAGCCUCAGCCUACGGAAAAGGCGCCGGCGACUGCCUCCGCUCCUUCCACCCUGGCGUCUGCGGGUCAGGCGCACACUUGCUGCUCCUUUGUGCGCGAUGACCUUCGUCCACCGACGUACAGUGCCCACGCCAGCAGCGCGACGGCGCUGUCGGGCCGCCUGCAGGAGAUGGCGUCGACCAUCGAGCACGAGGUGCGCCAGCUCGAUGCGACGCUGCGCGACCUCUCGAUGGCCAUGCACGACAAGCCCGAGAUCCUGUGGCAGGAGCACGCGACCCACGACCUCUUUGUGCGCUUCUUCGAGGGUCGCAGCUCCGAGGGAUGGAAGGUCAAGCCGCACGCCUACGGCCUCGAGACGGCGUGGGAGGCGCGCUUCGAGCACCGCCCGGACUCCAAGGACGCCCGCACCAUUGGCUUCCAGUCCGAGCUCGAUGCGCUCCCCGGCAUCGGACACGCCUGCGGCCACAACCUCAUCGCCAUCUCGGGCGUAGCGGCGGCCCUCUCGGUUGCGGCGGCGCUGCGAAAGCAUGACGUGGCGGGCACCGUGGUGCUGCUCGGCACCCCGGCCGAGGAGGGCGGCGGAGGCAAGCUCCGCCUGCUCGAAGCCGGAGCGUACAAGAGCUACGAUGCCGCCCUCAUGGUCCACCCGGCGCCCACUUCAGGCACCGGAGCCAUGCUCGCGGUGCAGCCCGUCAUGGUCCGGUACACGGGCGCCACGGCCCACGCCGGCGCCGCGCCGUGGGAGGGGGUCAAUGCCCUCGACGCCGCCGUGCUGGCCUACAACAACAUCAGCGCGCUUCGCCAGCAGAUGCCGCCCGAGUACCGCGUGCACGGCAUCAUCGAGGGCGACAACUGGGCCGCCAACGUCAUCCCCGGCGCCUCGCGACUCCACUACAACGUCCGCGCCCCCACCAUCAGCGGCCUCAAGGCCUUUGUGGCCAAGGUCGACAAGUGCUUCCAGGCGGCCGCGCUCGCCACGGGCUGCUCGAUCGAGGUCGAGUGGGAGCCGGCCUACGCCGACGUCUGGAACACGCCGCUCCUCUCUUCGACCUAUGCCGCCGUCCUCGAGCAGCGCUACGGCAAGGUGGUGCCCAACGACGAUUUCACCGCCUCGACCGACUUUGGCAACGUCUGCUACGCCCUCCCCGCCCUCCACGCCGAGUACGCCAUCCACCUCGACGACCCAAAGACGCAGGGCAACCACACGGUCGGCUUCACCGACGCCGCCGGCAGCAAAGAGGCCCACGAGCGCACCCUCGAGGCCGCCGUCGGCAUCGCCGUCACGGGCGCCCGGGUGCUCCUCGAGGAGGACUUUGCCAAGCAGAUCAAGGACCAAUGGCGCAAGUGGAGGGAUGGCGCCGAUGGCCCCUGA